GCGCUUUUCUUAUUCAAAGCAGGGGCACAAUGGGGUUCACAUGGAGCCUCGCCACAUCCCCAUCUGACUAGCAGCCAUUCAUCAGGCUGGCCGGCCUAUCAAUGACAUUUCUCCCAUCAGGGCUCCUAUAAAAUGACGCUUUUUCCCAGGAAACAUCCGCAAACAUUUUGACGGCUCUGGCGUUGCCCUGCUGGAUUUACUGAGGACCUCUCUCUCUCUUUCUCUCUCUCUUUCCCUUUCUCUCUUUCCUCCCCCCUUCUUUUCCUUCUUUCUUUUCACUCCUCUAACCUUUCCUUCCCCCACAAAACUGCACCCCUCGCCUCCUCCCCUGCACACCUCGGAGCCUUCAAAAGGGGGGCUCUCCAACACUUCUUCUUCGCCCCCCCAACCCCCAAAACAACAAGCCUCGGGACUUUUUGGGGGGCUCCUGCACCGUCCAUGGGAACAGCAUGCAUUGUGGGUUGCUGGAGGAACCUGACAUGGAUUCCACAGAGAGUUGGAUUGAGAGAUGCCUCAGUGAAAGUGAGAACAAGCGUUACUCCAGUCACACAUCUCUUGGGAAUGUAUCUAAUGAUGAAAAUGAGGAGAAAGAGAAUAACAGGGCAUCCAAACCACAUUCUACUCCGGCUACUCUACAAUGGCUGGAGGAGAACUACGAGAUUGCAGAAGGAGUUUGCAUCCCUCGAAGUGCCCUCUAUAUGCACUACUUGGACUUCUGUGAGAAAAAUGACACUCAGCCUGUCAAUGCUGCUAGUUUUGGAAAGAUAAUAAGACAACAGUUUCCACAGUUAACAACCAGAAGACUUGGAACCAGAGGCCAGUCAAAAUACCAUUACUAUGGCAUUGCAGUAAAAGAGAGUUCUCAGUAUUAUGACGUGAUGUAUUCUAAGAAAGGAGCAGCGUGGGUCAAUGAAACAGGAAAAAAAGAAGUAACCAAACAGACAGUGGCAUAUUCACCACGAUCCAAACUUGGGACAUUGCUGCCAGAGUUUCCAAAUGUCAAGGAUCUAAAUCUGCCAUCCAGCUUGCCAGAGGAGAAGGUAUCUACUUUUAUUAUGAUGUACAGAACACACUGUCAGAGGAUACUUGACACUGUAAUAAGAGCCAACUUUGACGAGGUUCAAAGUUUUCUUCUGCACUUUUGGCAAGGGAUGCCACCUCACAUGCUUCCAGUACUGGGAUCUUCCACGGUAGUAAAUAUAGUUGGAGUUUGUGAUUCCAUAUUAUAUAAAGCUAUUUCUGGUGUCUUGAUGCCAACCGUGUUGCAGGCAUUGCCUGACAGCUUGACCCAGGUGAUCCGAAAGUUUGCCAAACAGCUGGAUGAGUGGCUAAAAGUGGCUCUCCACGACUUGCCAGAAAACUUACGCAAUAUCAAGUUUGAGUUAUCCAGGAGGUUUUCUCAAAUUCUUCGGAGGCAGACAUCAUUAAAUCAUCUUUGUCAGGCAUCAAGAACUGUGAUCCAUAGUGCGGACAUUACAUUCCAAAUGUUGGAAGACUGGAGGAAUGUGGACCUUAAUAGCAUCACCAAACAGACGCUCUACACCAUGGAAGACUCACGAGAGGAGCACAGGAAACUUAUAAUGCAAUUAUAUCAGGAGUUUGAUCAUCUUCUGGAGGAGCAAUCACCCAUCGAGUCUUAUGUAGAAUGGCUGGAUUCCAUGGUGGACAGAUGCGUUGUGAAGGUAGCUGCUAAGAGACAAGGUUCUUUGAAGAAAGUAGCUCAGCAGUUCCUCUUGAUGUGGUCCUGUUUUGGCACAAGAGUUAUCCGAGAUAUGACUUUGCACAGUGCUCCCAGCUUUGGAUCUUUUCACCUUAUUCACCUGAUGUUUGAUGAUUAUGUAUUGUAUCUAUUGGAAUCCCUCCAUUGUCAGGAGAGAGCUAAUGAGCUGAUGCGGGCAAUGAAAGGCGAAGGGGGAACAGUAGAAAUACGUGAUGAUGUAACAUUGGCAGAACCUGUUCCUCCAAGUCCCUUCCCAGUGCCUUUCUCUCCAGCUAAAUCCACCACUUCUGGGGAUGUGCCAUCUGCAACCUCACCUGGAAGUAAUCAGUCCCCAGAAUAUGCUGGCAUCACAACUACAACAGGGGCCAUGCAGUCUUACACAUGGUCUCUCACAUACACUGUAACCACAGCUGCUGGGUCACCUGCGGAAAACUCUCAACAACUUCCUUGUAUGCGAAAUCCUCAUGUACCUUCUUCGUCUGUUGCACACAGGAUACCGGUUUAUCCCCACAGAGAAGAACAUGGAUAUACAGGGAGCUAUAACUAUAGUAGCUAUGGAAACCAGCACCCAGUUCCACUCCAGAGCCAGUAUCCAUCUUUGCCACAUGACAGCACUAUUUCUGCGCCACUUCAUUACUCAGCUUAUCACAGAAGCUCUUCACAGUACCCCUUCAACAGCCCUUCUUCGCGGAUGGAGCCCUGCUUGAUGAGCAGCACCCCUAGACUGCAUCCAACCCCAGUAACUCCUCGCUGGACAGAGGUUUCCUCGGCAAAUGCUUGCUACACAAGCCCAACCAUGCACUCUACAAGAUUUGGAAACUCCAGUGACAUGUACACACCAUUGACCACACGUAGAAACUCUGAAUAUGAGCACAUGCAACACUUUCCUGGCUUUGCCUACAUCAAUGGGGAGGCCACUACUGGGUGGGCAAAAUGAGAAUGACUGGUAAUAGUAUCGACCACAUAUAUUUAAUAAAGAUAGAAGAAGAAAUACUUCUAUGCCUAAAGUAAUUGGAAGUCUUACCUGGGCAUUGUCAAUGGCUAUGAAGAUGGAAAGAACCCUGGAUACAGGUUAAGAAAGAGAGAACCUUGCAGUACAGACUAGCACAAUGAUUCCUCUAGCCAAGCAAGGUUUACUGCUGCUAUGAAGCAUUAUGUAGGCCAAGGCGUGCCUUUUAUUGUUGUGCUUUCUCCAGAUGUCAUGAAACUGACCUGUAUUGGUUUCCAUCUAACAACUGAAUGUUUCCAUAACUUAACAAAUUUGCCCCUCCGUAAACAUGACAGUUGCAAUGUAGAGCAGAACUUGGAAAAGUUACUUUUUGAACUUCAAUGGAUUUUUUCUGAGCUCUGAUGUAGAAUGUAAUGAUGUGCAUGCACCAUAGAGACCUAUAUUCCACAGAGAAGCACAGAAAUAUAAGGGACAAGAGAAUUAUUUUCACCCCCUCUCUAUUAAAAAGGACAUUUGCUCAUGUGCAUCCCAUGUUCCUAUUUCUUCAUUUUGAGACAUAAUUUAUUGUUGCAAUCCAAUAACACCAUACACAUAUGUACCGUCCAACAUUUUACAGUUGAAAACAAGGAAAUAACUGGCUAAGUAACAUCAGAAUAUGGUCACGAUGGGGAAAUGUAUUAAUGAAGAACAAACAUGGAGAGAACUGAGACAUUUGCUUUUGCUUGAGUCUACAUGGAAAGGCAACAUAAUAAUAAUAAUAAUAAUAAUAAUAAUAAUAAUAAUAAUAAUAAUAAUAAUACUUUAUUUUUAUCCCGUCCUAUCUCCCCGUGGGGACUCAGGGCGGUUAACAUUCUGCUGCCUCCUCUCCCUUCACUGAGUUAAUUGAGUGCAAACUACUUUUGCACUUUGAACUGAGUUUGCACCAAUGAAUGCAAAAAAAAGACAAAUGGAUAAAGUGGCAGGAGAAGGGAGAAAACAAGACAUUUUAAAAGUUGCCGAAAAAGUAGGAUGUGAGAAGAUUAAUCAGGAUGUGUCCUACCAAAUUUGUACAGUUGGAGUCCUUGCAAUGAAUGAGAGAGAUCAGCACAGGAUGAGAGAGACUGGCAUCUCCAAAAUCCAGCCUUUCAUUUGAAACAGGUUUUUAGAUCUUUAAGGAUAGCAGGUUUUCUGUGACCAGCCAGGGAUCAAGACUCCCAUGCACAGAAUAUCAUAUUUGUCAUUCCCUGUAGCUACCAGGUGGACCCUCCAAAUGA